UUUGUUUACUCCUCGACUGUACACGGGCGAGUGUUUUUGUUAUUGUCGUGACGAAAAUAUUGUCAAUUGUAGUGAAUCCGAAAUCUAGUUGAAAAUAUCUUGUUUUGUCAUUAUUUUCAAGCCGAAUAUGAUGACCUGAUGUGCGAAUAAAGUUGCAAGUGAUUGUGAAACAUUUUUUUUGUCCUACUGACAAAUUCGAUAUCAAAAGUCAUUGUGAAUAAUCGCGUCUAUGGAAUAACCAAGUGCUUACGAAUUAAUAUGCUCUGAUAUAGUUAUGUAACUGAUAAAUAUCAUGUUGUAUUCCGCUAACUAUGGUAAAACAGUGGUCAGUGUAAAUAUAGUGGCAGUAUAAACAAUCUGACGGAAUAAAUAAACACAAACAGGGACACGUGGGUCUCGCAGCGAAUCGAUCGAUAAAGACGGAAGCGCGCGCCAGUCUCUAUCAACGAGACGAUUUUAAGUCAAGGUCGCGAUUCAAAACACGUGCAAUGUCUGAUUCUAUUUACACACAUGACUUUCUAUUAGAUGGGGGGGUGGAGAUCAAACAGGAAUCCCCUUUCGAGCUAGGGUCGGUGUCGGCCUCCGUGCCGAUCCCGCAGCGGCGCACGGACCUCGGCGACUUCGGCACAGACCUGGACCUGUGCCUGCAGGACAGCCUCUCAGGCUCCUAUGCCCCCACAAUGACGUACAGCAAAAUGGUGUUCGACACAGACAAUUCUACCAAAACUGAAAACUUUAAAAUGGAUGAUGAUGAUAUAUUUCAAGUAGACAAAGCUGAUUUAAUACUAGGGCCGACUCUUGCCGAAUUAAAUGCUAACCCAGAUACAUUGCUAGAUGACCUAAAUUUUGACGAUUUACUUCUGCCUGAGGAGAGUGGCUAUUGUAUUCAAAUAGGUGGAGCUAUGAGCGGGUCGCGACGCGCUCCUAGCUCUGUUCAAGCACCUAAUGUGCCUGCUUCAGAUAGUCCCUGUAGUCCUUACAGUCAAGCACAGCUGGCAUUUUCUCCAUCUAGUCAACACAGCUCGGCAUCAUCCAGUUUUGCUCAGCCUAUGAACCAGUUGCCGGAGCUGCUGUUACGGCUGGAUGGCUACAGUGGGGAGAUAGCCCUGGGCCAGUCCGUGCCGGCCUCCACUGUGCUGCCACCAUUCACACCCACCGUUCAGCCGCAGAAUGCACAACUGUCAUCAUCAGCACCUACUCACCUGACUAUGGAACAGAUAUGGCAAAGGCGCGAACCCCGCAAGCACCUUCUGUCAACCAGUUCCUUGGCUGAAGCUGGGUCCGUGUCCUCGCUAUCCGGAGGACUCCUGAGCCCUAGCACGGCUGACUUCUCACAGGACGAAGAUGACAGGGAUGAGACGGAUGAAGAUAGUGAUAGAUAUGAGGAUUUAUCAUCAGAUGAAUCAAAUGACGAGUCCGAGAGUAAACAAUCACGACUGAAUUCUAAAAAGGAAAGGUAUUUCUGGCAGUACAAUGUUCAAGCUAAGGGUCCUAAAGGACAGCGGCUGGUCUUGAAAAAGAAGUCCGAGGAUCCUCAUGUGUUGAACAGUGUCACGGAUCCUGUAUUUAGUCCGCAGUGCAGCGUAAGAGGAAUCAAACAUAGUGGUAAAGCCAGAAAAGGCGAUGGAAACGAUUUGACCCCAAACCCUAGAAAAUUAUACUUAAUUGGAAAAGAGCUGGAUAAUUUGGGCAAAGUAAUCAACGACAUGAUACCCGUGAGCGAGCUACCGUUCAACGUCAGGCCCAAAACGAGGAAAGAGAAAAACAAGCUCGCGUCCCGCGCCUGUCGGCUAAAGAAGAAGGCGCAGCAUGAGGCCAAUAAACUCAAGUUGUAUGGUUUACAACAAGAACACAGACGACUGCUGAACGGCAUAAGUCAGCUAAAGCAAGUGCUGGCGAACAAGGCCACAGGAACUGCCCAGACCAGUGUCGACUGGAAUGCUCAUGUUAAGAAUGUUGUCAACACAGCAACAGAAUUAAAAAUUGCUGGUAAAACAUCAGAGUAUGUAAACAAAAUUCUGGACAACGUCAAAAGUGGCCAGGCAAAUGGUGGACUCAAAGACAUAUAAGGUAAAAUCUGUGUGAACUGCAAAACGAAAGGCUGUUUAUUGUACCUCCAAAGUUAAUUUAGCAAAGAAAAAUUAUGUAUAUCAUAUAAAGGCUUAAUUGUCUAAGACAAUUUUAUUUUUGUAUGGUAACAGAGUUAUAGAAAUAGUCAUUAGAAGCUUCUAAAGGCAACUAAGAGGUAGAAUUUAUUUUUUAAUAAUUCAUGUAUAAAUCAUGCCAUAACAUAGGUGUCAUGUUGGAAUAAGUGUAACACAAUUUUGGACUCUGAUACAGAGUACUAUAUGACCACCAUAUGGAUUUCUUCCCCCCUUUCUGAAUCCGCGCCUGUGGAUACCAAGCCUAACUAAAAAUAAAAUAAAAGGGCGAAUUAAUUAUCCAUUCAGAAUAAUAUUUAUAUACGCAAAACAUUUGCAAGUUCGUUUGUAUUUUUAGAAGCCAGAAGAUAUUUAGAUUUUAUGAAUAUGUACAUAUUAUCAAAUCAAUUAAUUAUGCAUUUUAAUUACAACUCUAAUUAAUAAAUGGCUAUUAUAAUUUAGAUUCUAAGGUACAGUAAAACUGGAAGUGAUAUAAUUUUAAAACUAGAUUUGUUAAUGAUUAUUUUAACGCGAUACAUAUUAAAGUACGUUGGAAAUCGAAGAUUAUACAGAUAACCUAUGAAUCCAUGAAACUAAGAAUUUUAAAGCCUAUAUAUAAACCCAGUUAUAUAUGGCCAACUUGUUAAAGAGAGAAAGCCAAUAUGCGAUUAUUUCCAUCUCAGUCGCUAUUACGAUAAUCGAUAAAACGGCGAUACUGUGACAAAAUACCGCAGUACCUACUGCUAGCACUUUGUCACAGUAUUAUUAUAAGCCAUUAGAUAUCAAAGUGUUUUGAGUACUAACGUAACUAAUUGCUUGUUUUCUCCUAAACAUGCUAAUAAUCAAAAUGUAUGAAAAUACACUAAGGGUUCGUUUACACAGAGUUGUUAGAAAGUUGCAGUCGGCCUAGUGUAAACUCACUCUAAGCUCUGUAGUAACUACAUUUGAAAGCGCAAGAUUUAAUCUUGAUUGUAGUAGUGACAUUAUGUUUUAUAUUCAUAAAUAUAAAAUUUUAAUUAGUCGCCAACUAUUAUCGAGCCGGACAAAUUGUUCCAUACAGAGUGAGUUUUAUGCGGAAUUUAUUCUUUAUUGUAUUGCAGUCAUGUUCAUAAUACAUUAGGUGUUACAGUGCAGUCGUUGUGCAAUAUCAAUAUCAUACAGAUACAAUAGAUACAUACAGUAUGGCGGUCUGCGAGCCGCUCUGGUGUGGGAGCGGGAUAUUGCUAUAUACAUGCAUAGCGCUGUCUUGCUCACACACCAUGCAGGGCGGCGAGUGGAUCAGUGUAAUAAGCAAUAACCGUAUCAAUGUAUGAAAAGAAACUGUGCAAUUAGCUACGUUGUAGAAAAAUCAAUGGAACCGUGUACUAAUUCAUACAAUGUUAUAAUGAAACUAUAACACCAGCAGGAUCAGCACGCUAGUAUUUGUACCAUGUUUACAUGUGAGAUAGGUUAUAAACUGAAAUAGAUAACAUACGCUAAGAUAAAGUGACCAAGUCCACCGGUGGCCGAGGCGGGAAUCGAACCCGCGUCUUCAGCUUACGCGGCUCACGUUACGCGGUACCCGUCCUAAAUUCUCUGGUGUAUGCUAUCUUUGAAAGGCUAGGCGCCUUUGACCAACUCUAAGGACGAGCAGUAUGUGCUUGCACCUCCUAUACGAAUACUUUACUGGAUUACGGUAUAGCGAGAGAGACGGUGCUCCCUAGUUGGAUGUGAGAUAGGAACGAUAGGAAAAGGGCCACCCCACAGGGCUUUAACUUGUUACGCUUCCCGUCAGCAAAGAUAAUCAAAAUUCGAUUCGAUUCCAAUUUAAAACUUCAAGUCAAGGUCGUUUUUUGGCUGGCGAAUUUAAACCCAGUUGAGAGGUUAACUCUAGGUAGCAUGACUGAAAAUGAUGUUUUAGUUAUUGGCAAAUACAUACUGUAUUUUAACAAUACUCCUUUCGUACUUGUACGCAAUAGUGAAACAAAUGCUAGCGUGUUCGGUCUGCAUUAGAGUUUAAUAUAUUAUAAUGAAUAGUUACUUAUUUAAGAAAAAUAUUUUAAAGUCAAUUUAAGAUAGGUGUAGGCCUUACAAGUCACUUCCAUACAAUGGGCGAGUUUUUAGUUUAUAUAUUGUCCUCUAUUUCUCUCUUGAUGAGGAAAAAUAUGUAACUGCAUUGGCAUUGUCAUACAUUUGUUAAAAAAUAUGUUGAGUCAAAUAUUUGUUUAAGGUAAGGAGCAUUGGGUUGAUUCCGAAAAUACAAUAUAACUACGAAAGUAUAAUUUUAAAUUAUUUUUCGAAAUUACUCGGAAUUGUCCCAGAGCACUUAAUUUUAGUCGUAGCAAUAUAAUGUGGCGGGUAUGGAAGUGCUUUAUUAAUAAUAAUACAAUAUAUAAUUACGAUAAGAUUGUAAUAUAGUUUUAAACUGAUCUGUAAUGUUAUGUUAAUCACGAAUGCUAUUAUUUAAGAACCAUUUUGGUAUAGAAUGGUAGCCAAAUUAAUUUUUUUAUGGGUAUAGUUUUAAUAAACUUUUAUUAUAUUUUCUAUUUAAUGACCGGUUUAAAACUGAUAUGACUAUAAACUAUAAUAUUUGAUAGUCAUUAUUGAUAUUUUCUGAAAUUUUAUUUGUUGUUCUUACAAGUUAAGAAAGUAUGUAGACAAAUCGUUUUGACAUUCUACUAAUUACGGAAAUAAUAUAUUGACAAGUUAAAACAGAGCUGAAAUAAUAUUUUGUAAUUAGUGCGCGUUCAAAAGUAGACAAAAGUGGCCUUCAUGAAACCCUUUGUUGUCGCACCAAGACGAGUUAAUAAUAAUUACAGCUAAAUACAAACCAAGUUGCGUUCGUACAAGUGUUUAUUUAGAUGGUGCCACCCAGGGGCCUAGCCAAAAUGGCAAUCGUACUUCGACAAACGCCAUACGAAAAGAAAAAAAACCGGACAAGUGCGAGUCUGACUCGCCCACCGAUGGUUCCGUACUUUUUAGUAUUUGUUAUAGCGGCAAUAGAAAUACAUCAUCUGUGAAAAUUUUAACUGUCUAGCUAUCACGGUUCAUGAGAUACAGCCUGGUGACAGACAGACGGACAGUGGAGUCUUAGUACUAGGGUCCCGUUUUUACCCUUUGGGUACGGAACCCUAAAAAUGUAUCGCGGGAUGAGAUAUGCUACGAAAAGUCGUGUGACUAUUUCCAUACAUUAUUUAAGUUGCGAUUGGCGUUUUCUAUUAUUGAUUGUCAUGUUGGCUAGGCCCCCAGGUCACGUAGAAGUAACAUUUUGUAGCAGCGCUACUUUUUGUAGUGAUUAGCUGUCUAUAUUAUUAGGCCGUCUCAGGUGCAACAAAAUAUUUCUUUCACGUUCCCUACAUUUUGAAACCCGUAUUCGUUUUAGCGUAGCUAUUUUACCCCAAGAGAUAAUUAAUGAAUUACCAUAGUACAUGCAUGGAACUACUCAUAUCAUAUUAUUGUAAAUAUUGUUGGUUUUGUUGACUGUUUGAACUUAUUUUACAUUAUGUUUAUUAUUCCAAUGGACGAAAAAGGUAAUUUGUAUAUAAAAUGUCAAUUGCGGAACUUUCUAUAAAAUAUGGUUACAUGGAAAAUCAAAUAAGUUCGGUUAUUUAUGUUUACAAUGGUUGAGAUGUAAAUAAUAAAUUUUAAGUAUUGCUCGAUACAUGAUGAAGAAAGUAAAUAAAAAUCCUAUUUCAAAUUGAAAAGACAGCAAUCACCUAGAUAAAAGCUUUGACAGAUGAUUUAACACUUUGAAUUCAUUUUUGUAUCAGUAUCUACAUGUUUUGUGGUAUUACAAAGCGCCGGUUAAGCAAUAAGUAACCUCUUAGGUUUUGAAUAAAGGUUGACAUUCGAAUGCAAUAAAACCAACUGUAGCCACAAGGAGAUAAUAGUACCUACCUACAGUAAUUAUUUUGUCAACUAUAGAUUGUGAAGAUAUAGAACAAUAAUGGACCAUAAUGCUAUAAUAUUACGGUCGCAAUUUCAAUAACAAUGGUUCGGCAACCUCAGUCACCACUAGAAUUGCAACUUCAAUUUCAUAACAUUAAGGUUCAUUCUCCAGUGUGGUGCCGUACGUACUAACUUGUUGCCAUAUCUGUCGAUACAUACAUUAAAAAUGGUUAACACUUAUUACAUAAAUAUUAUGCAUACAUAAAAUACGUUUAAAAUUAUGUUAAGCCUUGUUUAGUUGAAAGGACAAGGUCUAGAUUUUAGUUCCCAAGGAAUUCAAAGUUGAGGCUUUCAUAUCAUACAGGGACCGGCCCGCUAUCCCUUAUCGGGGUUUUAUAAGGGUAUUGCAUAAAGCUUAACUCACCAUACCCUUUGCCAGACGAAACCCUUUGUUUUGGUUUUAAAAACCCUUAUAUAAAGCUACCACAUUUGAGUAAUCGGUAGCCCAAAUACCCUUACAAAACCCUUAUCAUCCGCUCACCAACACCUUGCAUAUUGCUUAUAAGGGUUAGCCUUAUAAAGGGCUUCCCUUUUAGCAUAUAAGCGUGCUAAUUUAAGUCGUCUACCUUGUUCAUAAAGCACACAUUACUUCAAAUCCGAGCAAUCGUCGGCGGCGACGGCGGCGUUCUUUGACUAGGCACGUAUUUUCUUUCCUUUUCAUACACUACCGUAGAUAUAUACUAAUCCUGUCUCUUUCACGCAAAGGGAAACCUUUAUAAAAAGCGCUUAAAGAUAAGGGUAACCCUUAUUAAGGGCUAGCCUUAUUUUUGGUUAGCUUUUCGGUAAGGGUUAGUCAAAGGUAAGGGUAUGAAUGGGCUUGCAGUUCAAAAGGGAAAGUCUUUCAAUGUGUUAGCCGUGUUUAAGUGUUGCCCAUUGAAAGGGUUUUAUCGCGGAAAGGGUUGUCCGGUCCCUGAUAUCAUAUCACUACUGAUUUGUUUUGUAUGAUGUAUGGAAGCGCGUAGUUUUGGUGGAAAAGCAGUCUGUUAACUGUCACCAGCAGCAGCUAUAGCUGCAAAUGAGUAGGAUUUUAAAAGACUAAAUCAGAAUUUUGCGUAUUUCGUGUUUGCUUUAUAAUAACCAAACUCAAAACUGGUCUGCGAUUCAAUAGGCUGUGCUUACUUAUACUUUUAGGAUUCUGUUGUUUUAUUUUCUUUAUGAAUUGUAUUUUAUAUCAUUGUAAUUUUAUUGUGUUGUAUAAUUGAUGUCUAAUAAACCAAUUUAAGGUAAAAAGAAA